UUUGAGCCCAAAUAAAUAUUAUAACCGGGUCGGGUUAACAAAGAUCCAUGAAAAACGUGAGGCAGAAAGAAACCAAAGGUUUUACGAAGGGUUUAUAUCGGAGGCUGCUGUGCUUCACGGCGUCUUCUCCCCCCUCCAGAGAAUCUCUCCUCUCUCCUCUCUUCACCCAAGUCUCACUUUUAAACUCUGAUUCUCUUACAUUAGUCCCCAACCUCUAUGCCCGCAACGAUUCCUCGUAUACUUCUCAACCAUCCGUGAUCAGAAAAUGUGGAGGAACAUUUUCGGAAGAGCCACUUCGAGAAAGUUCAAACCUUUCUCCGGUUCCCCCUCCGGCAACAAAAUCCACAGCAUCCUUUCGUCGAUUGAGCUCGUGGGUAGCCUUCAAAACCGACCACCCACAAACCCAUUUCACCAAUUGGGAAGAGCGAGCUCUGUUCUUCACGGCCAACGCUUUGCGUUCGCCACAGCUACGCAAGCAAUUGAAGACGAUUCCUCUUCUGGGUCCGAAGAAGUUAACGAAUUGAUGACGGAGACGGGAACGGGAGCUCAGAAGAAGUACCACUCUUUGAAGCAGAGACAAGUGAGGCUCGAGACCGAGGAGUGGGAGCGAGCGGCGAGAGAGUGUCGUGAGAUUAUAGAGGAUAUGUGCGAGCAGAAGCUCGCUCCGAAUCUUCCUUACGUGAAGUCUCUGUUUCUCGGGUGGUUUGAGCCUCUGCGCGACGCUAUUCGAGCUGACCUUGAUGCGUUUAAGGUCAAGAGAGGGAAGAUCCCUUAUGCUCCUUAUAUGGAGCUGUUGCCUGCUGAUAUGAUGGCUGUUAUCACUAUGCAUAAGAUGAUGGCGCUGUUGAUGACUAAUGCUGAAGGUGUUGGUGUUGUUAGAGUGGUGAAUGCUGUUACUAAUGUUGGGGAAGCUAUUGAGCAGGAGGCCAGGAUCAGCAGCUUUAUGCAGAAAGGAAAGAGGAAGAAUGAAGCUGUGGAUGCUUCAGGAGAGACUGGGACUAAAGAAGCGGUGAAGCUGAAGAAGCAAAUUAACACACUGUUGAAGAAACACAAGGUGAGGCGAGUAAGUGGAAUAGUGAAGGCACAUGACUCGUUCAAGCCAUGGGGUCAAGAGGCUCAAGUGAAGGUUGGGGCACGUUUGAUUCAGCUCUUGUUGGAAACUGCUUAUAUACAGCCUUCAGCUGAACAGUUUGAUGAUGGUCCACCAGAGAUCCGACCUGCUUUUAAGCAAUCUUCCAAAAACGUCACUUUAGAAAAUACAAAAUUAAGCAGAAGAUAUGGUUGCAUCGAAUGUGAUCCUCUGAUCCGAAAGGGCCUUGACAAAUCAGCAAGACAUAUGGUGAUUCCCUACUUGCCAAUGUUAAUACCUCCUCGGAACUGGACAGGGUAUGAUCAAGGGGCACAUUUUUUCUUGCCUUCAUACCUCAUGAGAACAAAUGGAUCUAAACAACAACGUAUUGCAGUAAACAAAACUCCCAAGGCGCAACUGGAGCCAGUAUUCAAGGCGUUAGAUACUCUUGGAAACACCAAAUGGAGAAUAAACAAAAAGGUGUUGAGCUUGGUGGACAGAAUCUGGGCCAAUGGUGGUCGUCUUGGUGGUCUCGUUGACCGUGAUGACGUACCCAUUCCAGAGGAGCCCGACGGUGAGGACCAGGAAGAAUUAAAGCAAUGGAAAUGGAAAUUUAAGGAAGCAAAUAAAGAGAACAGCGAGAGACAUUCACAAAGGUGUGAUGUAGAGCUCAAACUCGAGGUGGCACGUAAAAUGAAGGAAGAAGAAGGUUUCUACUUCCCUCACAACGUUGACUUUCGUGGCCGAGCGUAUCCCAUGCAUCCAUAUCUUAACCAUCUCGGGUCUGAUCUCUGCCGUGGCAUCCUUGAGUUUUGUGAGGGAAAGCCUCUUGGCGAAUCAGGAUUGCGGUGGCUGAAGGUACAUAUAGCGAACUUAUACGCUGGUGGGGUUGAUAAGUUCGCUAAUGAGGAUCGAGUUGCAUUUACCGAGAGUCACUUGGAAGAUAUAUUUGACUCUUCUGAUAGGCCUCUUGAAGGAAAAAGAUGGUGGCUUAAUGCAGAGGAUCCCUUUCAGUGUUUGGCUGCUUGCAUGAACCUUUCUAAAGCUUUGAGAAGUUCUGUUCCUGAAGCAGCUAUUUCUCAUAUCCCCAUCCACCAGGAUGGUUCAUGUAAUGGUUUACAACACUAUGCGGCUCUUGGGAGGGAUAAGACUGGAGCAGCUGCUGUCAACCUCUUUACAGGUGAAAAGCCGGCUGAUAUUUAUGCAGAUAUUGCUGCUAGGGUUCUCAAGAUCAUGCAGAAAGAUGCAGAGGAAGAUCCUGAAACAUUUCCCUACGCCAAGCUCAUGCUUGACCAGGUUGACAGGAAGCUGGUGAAACAGACAGUCAUGACAACAGUGUAUGGUGUUACAUACAGUGGCGCACGUAACCAAAUAAAGAAGAGGUUAAAAGAGCGUGGUGCCUUUGCGGAUGAUUCACAAAAUUUUCAUGCAGCUUAUUAUGCAGCAAGAGUCACUACUAACGCACUGGAAGAGAUGUUUGGAGCUGCUAGAGCCAUCAUGAUCUGGUUUGGUGAAUGUGCAAAGAUAAUAGCUUCACAAAACAAACCAGUUUGUUGGACGACUCCUCUUGGACUUCCAGUUGUACAACCCUAUCGGCAGCCUGGAAGACACUUGGUUAAGACUACCCUUCAGGUGUUGACUAUUAAACGAGAUACUGAAAAGGUGAAGGCUAGGAAGCAGAUGACAGCUUUCGCACCAAAUUUUGUACAUUCCCUUGAUGCGUCUCACAUGAUGAUGACAGCAGUCGCCUGCAACAGGGCAGGUUUGAGUUUUGCAGGUGUGCAUGACUCAUUCUGGACGCAUGCAUCCGAUGUUGAUGUAAUGAACAGAAUACUCAGAGAGAGUUUGUUGAGCUCUACGACAAGCCAGUCUUAGAAAAUCUGUUGGAGUUUCCAGAAGUCCUUCCCAAGCCUAAGGUUUCCACCACUGCCAGAACGAGGCGACUUUGAUCUAAGAGAGGUCAUACGGUCGCCAUACUUCUUCAACUAAUUCAGUUUACUUACAUAACAGAAGCUCCAGUGCUCCAUCUAGCAUUUAGGGCAGAGUAAGCUUGCCUCUUCGUGCCAAUAAUUUGAUCAAAGGGAAAAGAUUAUCUGUAAUCAGCAAUGAGGAAUGUUGAUGGUUAACCUCAACUCAGAGGUGGGCUUAGGGCUACUUGUAAAUAACAAAACAGGAAGAGUGUUUCGCACCUUGGCAUCAUGGAAGGCGUUGGAUUGGAGUAUCGAACCAGUGGCACUCCUGAGAGGUGGUGGUCUUAGUAGACUCGAAUCCAUUAGGUUUUUGUAAAGAUAAUGUUUUAUCUCGAAUAAAAUAAAAUUUGCAAUGAUGAAAGAUCAAGCAGGAGGAUGUCACGACCCAAAACAACUUAAUAAUAGAGAACAAUUUGAUUUAUUAAGCAAUGAAUUUCUUUAGGUUCA